AUGGUGUGUAUGAGGCGCGAAAAUGAAUCGCUAUUACGUUGGAAUAUCUUCACUCUUGCUAAUAACACAUAUACACAGUUUGGAUUUAUGCUACAUUCAUAUUACUUCCAACGCAGUGUCAGUACAUUCAAGAAUACUGUUGCGCUAAAGCGUGCUGCAUUGGAUAUCAAGUCCAUCAUCUCCAGACAAGAUGAAAUGAGACAAUCCAUCAAGAGACGCGGAGGAAGCGAAGAGCUGGAUCUUUCCUAUGUGAUUGAGAACAGACAGAAAGAAAUCAAUCUUCAAAACGAAAGAAACCGUUUAGUGAAUGAACGGAAAAAGUUGGGCGCACAAUUGGGCCAACUAAUGAAAAAUGCUGAGAAAUCAGAUGAUAUAUCACGAUUGCAGAAUCGGCUUCUAGAAUUUAAAAAGCAGAUUGGGUCCAUAGAAAAUGACCUUGAGACAGUGUCAGAAAACGUUCAUCGUUCUCUUGAAGCGUUGCCUAAUUGGUUGGAUCCUACAGUUCCUGAGGAUCCGCUCGUCCCCGAGAUUGUAGACAUUAUCGGAGGUGAUAAUGAAUCAACAAUCUCCCUGGAGAUGCCUCCAACGACAUACGAUCACAAAACUAUUGGGGAAAAGUUAAACAUUAUGAAUUUCUCUACUGCCUCCAGAAUCUCUGGGUCUUCGUGGUAUUAUCUAGUGGGCGACGGUGCGUUGUUGGAACAAGCUCUAGUGCAGUAUGCGUUGCAACAAGCUCGAGCUCGAGGAUACAGAAUGGUCAUCCCACCGUCAAUAGUGAAAUCUGAGGUAGUCCAUGCUUGUGGUUUCAAACCAAGAGACCAAAAUGGAGAAAAGCAGGUAUAUGCUAUAGAGAACGAACCUUUAUCUCUCACAGGAACAGCAGAAAUCCCAAUGGGAGCCUUACAUUCUUCUUCGACAAUUGAGGUUCCUACAAGAUAUGUGGGUGUCUCGCGUGCUUAUAGAGCAGAGGCUGGGGCGAGAGGCAAAGAUACAACCGGGCUAUACAGAGUUCACGAAUUUACCAAAGUUGAAUUAUUUCAUUUCACUCAUCCUGAUUUGUCAGCAAAAGAGUUGGAAGAAAUAAAAGAUUUUCAAAUUUCUAUACUAUCAGGCUUGGGUAUCAAAGCUAAGGUUUUGAAUAUGCCCACGACGGAUUUGGGGGCGCCAGCUAUGAAAAAGUAUGACUGUGAAGCAUGGAUGCCAGGAAGAGCAAAAUAUGGAGAAUUGACAAGCUGUUCGAAUUGUGGAGAUUAUCAAUCACGGCGUCUUGGAAUCAGAUUCAAAAAUAAAUCUGGAAAGUUGGACUAUGUUCAUACAUUAAACGGUACGGCUAUGGCUGUUCCUCGCGUGAUUGUGGCCAUAUUAGAACAAAACUAUGAUCCUACGACCCAAUCAGUCCGUAUUCCUGAAGUGUUGAGGCCAUUCAUGGACGGAAAAGAGUUCAUCACUGCAAAUUAA